UAUCCCUCAUUCAGUCAAUUGUCGUGGUCACGUGCCUUGCACGUGCAUAUCCCAUUCCCGCCUAGAAAUCCAAAGUCGUUAUAAAAACCUAACAAACCAAUAAACUUAAUUAUAAACUCUACAAACAAACAGUUACCCCUGUCAUCUUCUUCACCCAAAACCCUAAUUCUUGCUCUCUGUUAGUUUGUGCAAAAUGCAGCAGAGACCGAUUAUAAGCUCAUCUCGAGCGCAAGAAGCAGAGAUCCCCGUAACGCAGCCAAUUCAGCAACAACAAUUCAAAUAUUCUCCGAGACACUCAAUCACAGAGGAUGAUUCUUGGCAGCUUCCGCUCUACUCUCGCUCUUCAACUCUUUUCAAGAAAUCUUCUUAUGAGAAGCUGGUUCAUGCUGUUCCCCUUGUUGUCUUGAUCUGUCUCUUUACCCUUUGGUGGUUCUCUUAUCCAGUAAACCUGGAGAUCAAGGAUGGCGAGAUUGUCGGAAUACAACGAGUUGAGAUGCUGCAGUCUCUUGAUAAUGAUCUUGUUGAAUUUGCUAUAUUGGCUUCUGCUACACCACCAGAGGCAGCAGUUUCUCAGAAUAUCACAAUGAAGAACAACGAAACUGAUAAUGCACCUUCGGUAAGUAAAAUUGAUUGAUCAAUCAUGUGCCAGAUAAGAUGGAAACGAAAAAUCAAUAAUUUGAUUUUAGUAUAGAGCAGGAUUUGUUUGUUCAAUGUAAAUAUAACAGUAGAUAUGGUAGUUCUCUAUCAGGAAAUACUUAGAUGCAAUUGUAAAGAAAUCUAUAAAUGCUAUUGAGCAUGUGUCCACUUUACAUAGGCGAAAUGAAUUCAGAAAUGAAAUUUUUUUCU